CCUUCAGCUGUUCGAACACUCAAGUGUCACCACGAGAGCUUCUACAUGGGACAUAAACUCAUUCAUUAAACUCAUCAAACGAAUAUGGCUCUGAUGGGAGUUCAGCUGGUGGUGAGCUUGUUGGCGGUCAGCAUAAUGCAAAGAAUGGCCCCACAUCUCUCCUUUGCACGCUGGCUCUUAUGUAACGGCAGCCUUUUUAAGUUCAAACAUCCAUCUGAAGGCGAGUUGUGUGCUCUUGCAGGGAAGCAGAUUCCUAAGACCAGCAAGCGAGACAGGAGGCAAAAUGGACAUGGUGAAUCCAAGCCACUCACAGUUCCAAAAGACAUCGAUCUUCACCUGGAGAGUACGCCGGUAAAUGUCAUGGAUGCACUUGUUCUGCGGUUCUUUGUGGAGUACCAGUGGCUGAUUGACUUUGCCGUAUAUGCCACAGGGAUUUACCUCUUCACCGAAGGCUACUAUAGUGUAGUUGAUGCCAGCAAGGAAGUCAAUAUUGCUUCAAUCUGGUGUGUGCUGACUGUUUUGUUUUGCCUGAGGACUCUGUAUCUCCUUAUGAGCCACUACUUCCUCUCUGAGGAGGGUGGCGAGCGCUCUGUGUGUCUGGCUUUCGGCUUCUUAUCUCUUCUUAUUGCAAUGCUGGUUCUUGUUGUGAGAGAAGACUACCUGGAGUUUGGCCUUGAGCCCGGAUUUACCAGUCUUUUUGACAAUUUUGAGGUCUUUGCCAGAAAGCAAGGAUAUGAGUGGUCAGUUCCUUUCACCAAACUGUCAGUGAAGUUGGGCCUGGCUAUAAUUUGUGCCUUCAUUGGAGCUCUUCUUGCAUUUCCUGGUCUGCGAUUGGCCCAAACUCACCUGGAUGCCGUGCAGAUGAACGCAGAUCGUCCAAUAAUUCAGAUUCUAUUGCACAUGAGUUUUCUGUCACCACUGGUUAUUAUUGUAAUGUGGAUUAAACCUAUUGCUCGAGACUUCCUAGGAAAUGCACCGAUGGGAAAGACCUCAGUUACUCUACUUUCCAGUUCUGCCUUCAGCUCAGUGCGUCUCUGGACAAUUGUAGUGCUUUGUGUUUUGCGACUGCUGCUCACUCGUUACCAUCUGCAGGCCUACCUUAACUUGGCACAAAAGUGGGUGGAGCAAAUGAAGAAAGAGGCGGGGCGUAUCGCUGCCAUUGACAUCCAGAGGAAGGUGACACGAAUUUUUUGCUACCUGACUGUAGUCACACUCCAGUACCUGAUACCUAUUUUGCUUGUGCUUUUCUCAACUUUGGCACUCAAAUCUUUAGGUGACUUCUCAUGGGGCCUUGGAGCUGAGACUCCGGGUGUCACCCCUGCACCCAUAAUCCCCAGCAGCACUCCUCCACCCGUACCUGGCCCAGAAGACGAUGAGGACAUGGAAGACAUGGAGGAGGACAUCCAGGCCACCGUAGCCCAUCUAACUGAACUCUUCUCUGCCUUACGCGCUCUCCUCACACCUAUUUUCUUCAGGGGAAUCUUUGCCUUUCUUACAUGGUGGGUCGCCGCCUGUCAACUCAUUAGCAGCCUGUUCGGGAUUUACUUCCACCAGUAUCUCAUGCACAACUAAAAAAAAGAGAAAAAGUGCCAAGAAAUGAAGCUUUGUGCGCUCAAAUCAGUUCUUCAUGGUACUGCAACACCAAUAUGAACAGUCAUGCAAACACGCAUCUGAUGAAGGCUGGCUCUUCAGAACAAACGCUCAUAUAAGCCCAACGUAUUUUAACGAUACUUUGUUGAAGCUGGUUUGAUACAAUCAGAGAUGCUAGUAAAGCGAUGGUUUAGCUAAAAAUGAAAAUUUGCUGCUAUUUUACUCAUACAAGAUAUUUAUUUCAGGAGAACUUUAACGGAGCAGUUCACCUAAAAAUGAGAAUUCUGUUAUUAAUUACUCACCCUCAUGUCGUUUCAAUUCCCCAGACUUUCGUUCAGCUUCAGACUACUAAUUCAGAUAUUUUAGAUGAAAUCCUGGAGCUCUCUGCAACGGUCCUGAAAUGUUUAGGAAAGUCCAGAAAAGGAACCAAAAGCAUUGCCAAAACAUUCCAUGUGACUUUAGUGGUUCAACUGUAAUUAUACAAAGCUCUAAAGAACACUUUUGUGUAGCAACAAAACUAUAAAAAUUACUUUGUUUACCAAUGUCUUUUACGUCAAGUCACGGUGCACUUUUAGUACAGGCAAUACGAAGCUUACAUGUUGUGCUGACAAUACAUCAUACUGCCAGUAACAUGACACACUAUGAGCUGAUGCAGGAGAGAAUAUAUAGGCAAAUAUGGUAGUUUAUAUGUUUUUUGGGAUCAGAAUAGUGUUCUUGGAGCUUCGUAUGAUUACAGUUGGACCAACUGGAAUGAUCACAUGGAUUGUUUAUAUAUCUCUACAUCCCAGGACCAUUUCUUUCAAUGGAGGAUGAGAGCGUUCUCGCAUUGCUCUAUGGAUUAAAACGACAUGAGGGUGAGCAAUUAAUGACUGAAUUUUCAUUUUCAGGUAAACUAACCUUUUAAAUAAGAUUUUAGCUGAAAAUUUGGUUCUUGGGGGUCAAUUGUUAUUGGUAUUUUGAUAGUCAAAAAACAUGUAUAGGCAAAACAAAAUGAAAAUACUUGGUUCCACAUGACACAAUGAUGUCUUGUGAAGCAAAACAAUCACUCGGUGCAAGAAACUGAGCAUUACUUAGAACAUUAUCAUUUUUAAUCCAUAGCCUCUGCAAACAGUAGUAUUACUCUUGUGUUGCCUGUUUGUGUUUUUUUGUACUCUCAAAUUGCAAUUAAUCAUUAACUUGCAUUUUAUGAAUAAAAGGCCACUUUUUUUUUUUUUUUUUUAGCUUAAAAUCUUCUUUAAUGUUCUAUUAAAAAAAGUAUGGAGCCAGAUCAGACUCAAAAAAUAAUACAUUUACAAAAUGAAACUCAUACAUCCACUUCACAAUUGACAUUUACAAAAUCCAAUUCCUUUAACUGUAAAUUAAAAAAUGCACAAAUCCAAUCCGUAAGUUCAAGACAUGAUUCAAAAAUACGCAAAUCUAAUUCGUAAAUUCGAAACACGAUUCAAAAAAGUGCAAAUCAAAUCCAUAAAUUCAAAACACGAUUUAAAAAUACACAAAUCCAAUCCGUAAGUUCAAGACGUGAUUCAAAAAUACACAAAUCUAAUUCGUAAAUUCAAAACACGAUUCUUAAAUACGCAAAUCCAAUCCGUAAAUUUGAAACACUAUUCAAAAAUGGGCAAAUCAAAGCCAUAAAUUCAAAACACGACUUAAAAAUACACAAAUUCAAUACGCGAGUUCAAAACACUAGUCAUAAAGGCACAAAUCCAAUCCGUAAAUUCAAUGUGUAAAUUCAAAACACGAUUAAAAAAUAUGCAAAUCCAAUCCAUAAAUUCCAAACGCAAUUCAAAAAUAUGCAAAUCCAAUCCGUAAAUUCAAAACACGAUUAAAAAAUGCGCAAAUCUGAUCUGUAAAUUCAAAACACGAUUCACAUUUACUUGUGAAUUUAUGAAUUGUGUGUUUACAAAUCUGCAAAUUGGAUUUUGUAAGUGUGAAUUGUGCUGUGCGCGUAGGAAUUUUCAUUUUGUGAAUGUAUUAUUUUUUAAACUGAUCUGGCUCCAUAGAAAGUGAGUAAACCAACAGUCAAUGUUAUUUUUUUUGGUGAACUAUUCCUUUAACUGUAAAGAUAAGCUGUUUUCAUUUAUCAACAAUUUUGUUAAACACCGUAAAUGUGUGUUGAGCCAAUUUUAAUGCUUGUUACCUCAAAGUUUUCAGUCAUAUCCCAUGCAUCAUUUCAUUGAGAUGCGAUGCAAUUCUAUUCGUCGGGUAACUCAGGGAUGUGGUCCGAAAUAAUAGUGUUUCUUUCACCAGCACAAUAUCACAAACCUGUAAAAUGGUUUGGCGCUGUAGUUCAUGGACUUGAAUGGAAUUUCUUUUUAAAGGCAUAGUUCACCCAAAAAUGAAAAUGUAGUCAUUUACUCACUCUAAUGGUUCUUUUUUCUGUUGAAGACCAACUAUAUUUUGAAAAAUGUUGGAAACCAGUAGCCAUUGACUUCAAUAGUAGGAAUAAAAUAGAUUGUAAUUCAGUGUCCAAUAGAAUGUUAUGAACAUUCUUCAAAAUAUCUUAUUUUGUGUUCAACAGAAGAAACUCAAACAGGUUUGAACAAACUUUAGGAUGAGUAAAUCAUGACGAAUUUUCAUUUUUGAGUGAACCGGCCCUUUAAUUAGAUUUUGUAUUUUAUUUUUUAACAGAUUGUUAUGGCGUGUUUUAAAUACUGCGUUUGCUGUGGGAAUAAUGACAUGGAACACAGUACUAAUAAUUUUGCCCAUGUUUCAUGAAUGAUCAUCUGUGAGGUUUUUAAUUCGUUUGCGCUGUUAGUCUUCAGUCACGUGAUCAGAGGAAGGGAUUAAUAUUGUUUGAGAUGGUAGACUUAAAUCAAACUAAUGCUUUUAUGUUAAAGCAGUUUAUUUAUUCAUUUUUCUAAUGUCAACUUUCAUUUGAUUUAAAACAAUAAAGUGAUCAUUGAAAAUUA